AUGUCAAUUCUGAGGAGAAGAGAUCAAUGCAGGAGCUCUCUGGGAACGCCGUCCACAAGAGCCAGGUUCUCGGCAGCAACAAGGUACAGAUCGCAAGAAGAUGCGGAAUUGCAUAAUCGUAACCUGCCGGAAAUGCCUGCGCCGUUUCAAACACCACCAAGCAAACCCGCAAAUGCUUCUACAGGAUUACUCGGUGAAGGUUACAACACAGAUGCCCAAAUGGCACAGACCACUCCCGAAGGACAGCCUCAGGAGUAUAUACCUCCAGAGCAGCGUGACGACCCACGUCUACCUCGAAGCGUUCAGGCUAUCUACCUUAAACCUCUGAAGCGGCGCGCACAAUACGGCGUGCCCACCUGCGAUCUGCAAUUACGGUCUUACAAUGUACGAAACGUGGAAUUCUUUGCUGACUUUGCCCUUCGGGCUGCCUAUUAUCUCCAUCUACCUGCUGCUGGGCCAAUCCCUUUACCGCGCAUCACGGAACGGUGGACAGUGCCUCGGAGUAAUUUCAUCUUCAAGAAAAGCCAAGAGAAUUUCGAAAGGAUCACCCUUCGGCGACUGAUCCAGAUACAAGAUGGGCAUUCAGAAACCGUGGAGAUUUGGCUAGCUUUCUUGAGGAAACAUGCAUACUACGGUGUUGGUAUGAAGGCCAACGUUUGGCAGCAUGAAAAGCUCGGGGUAGGGAAAACCAUGGAUGUUAGUCUGGAGAACUUGAAGCAGGCGAUGGAGCCAAAAUGGGCGCACUUCGGUAGGCGAAAAACUCUUGAGACUUCCGAGAGAGCUUUUGAGAUGAUGAAGAGCGAAGCCUUCCAGCGAACAGGGAUUCCGCUGCCGAGCAGUGCUUGA